GGUACCCAGUAGUAUGAAGUUAGUGUAUACGGUUCCCAAGCAUGUUUUGAACUACAAUGUAGCCUUACUAAACGAAUACAUGUGUUGAAAAUUGUCCUCUAGAGCUUUGGAAGGCUGAAUGGACUAAACAUGAAGAGCUUGAAAGCGAAGUUUAGGAAGAGUGAUACCAAUGAGUGGAACAAGAAUGAUGACCGGCUGCUGCAGGCCGUGGAGAAUGGAGACGCGGAGAAAGUGGCCUCACUGCUGGGCAAGAAGGGGGCCAACGCCACCAAGCACGACAGUGAGGGCAAGACCGCUUUUCAUCUUGCUGCUGCAAAAGGACACGUGGAAUGCCUCAGGGUGAUGGUUACACAUGGUGUGGAUGUGACAGCCCAAGAUACUACUGGACACAGUGCUUUACACCUCGCAGCCAAGAACAGCCACCAUGAAUGCAUCAAGAAGCUCCUUCAGUCUAAAUGCCCAGCUGAAAAUAUUGAUAGCUCUGGGAAGACAGCUUUACAUUAUGCAGCGGCACAGGGCUGCCUUCAGGCUGUGCAGGUUCUCUGUGAGCACAAGAGCCCCAUAAACCUCAAGGAUUUGGAUGGGAACAUACCACUGCUUCUUGCGGUGCAGAAUGGCCACAGUGAGGUCUGUCACUUUCUCCUGGAUCAUGGAGCAGAUGUCAAUUCUAGGGACAAAAGUGGAAGAACUGCUCUCAUGCUGGCUUGUGAGAUUGGCAGCUCUAACAUCGUGGAAGCCUUAAUUAAAAAGGGUGCAGACCUAAAUCUUGUAGAUUCUCUUGGACACAAUGCCUUACAUUAUUCCAAACUCUCAGAAAAUGCAGGAAUUCAAAGCCUUCUAUUAUCAAAAAUCUCUCAGGAUGCUGAUUUAAAGACCCCAACAAAACCAAAGCAGCAUGAUCAAGUCUCUAAAAUAAGCUCAGAAAGAAGUGGAACUCCAAAAAAACGCAAAGCUCCACCACCUCCUAUCAGUCCUACUCAGUUGAGUGAUGUGUCUUCUCCAAGAUCAAUAACUUCAACCCCACUUUCGGGAAAGGAAUCAGUAUUUUUUGCUGAACCACCCUUUAAGGCUGAGAUCAGUUCUAUACAAGAAAACAAAGACAGACUAAGUGACAGUACUACAGGUGCGGAUAGCUUAUUGGAUAUAAGUUCGGAAGCUGACCAACAAGAUCUUCUUGUCCUAUUGCAAGCAAAAGUUGCUUCCCUUACCUUACAUAAUAAGGAGUUACAGGAUAAAUUACAGGCCAAAUCACCCAAGGAGGCAGAAGCAGAUCUAAGCUUUGACUCAUACCAUUCCACCCAAACUGACUUGGCCCCAUCCCUGGGCAAACCUAGUGAAACCUCUCUCCCAGACUCCAAAUCAUCUCCAUCUGCCUUAACACAUUCCUUAGGUAAACCCACUAUUGACAGUGAUGUCAGAAUUCAGCAACUACAAGAGAUUUUACAAGAUUUGCAGAAGAGAUUGGAGAGCUCUGAAGCAGAGAGGAAACAGCUACAGGCCGAGCUUCAGUCCCAAAGGACAGAACUGGUGUGCUUAAACAACACCGAGAUUUCAGAGAAUGGCUCUGACCUCAGCCAGAAACUUAAAGAAACUCAGAGCAAAUACGAGGAGGCCAUGAAAGAAGUCCUCAGUGUGCAGAAGCAGAUGAAACUGGGUCUUGUCUUGACUGAGAGCGUGGAUAGUUAUUCUCAUCUUCGUGAGCUGAGGGUCACUGAAGAGGAAAUAGAUGUGCUAAAGCAGGAUCUGCAGAAUGCAUUGGAAGAAAGUGAAAGAAAUAAAGAGAAAGUGAGAGAGUUAGAGGAAAAACUUUUAGAGAGGGAGAAGGGUGUAGUGAUUAAGCCACCUGCGGAAGAGUAUGAGGAAAUGAAAAGCUCAUAUUGCUCUGUUAUUGAGAAUAUGAAUAAAGAGAAAGCAUUUUUGUUUGAGAAAUACCAGGAGGCUCAAGAAGAAAUCAUGAAAUUAAAAGACACAUUAAAGAGUCAGAUGGCACAGGAAGCCAGUGAUGAAGCUGGGGACAUGAAAGAAGCCAUGAACAGGAUGAUAGAUGAACUUAAUAAACAGGUGAGUGAGCUGUCGCAUCUGUACAAAGAAGCCCAGGCUGAGCUGGAGGAUUAUAGGAAGAGGAAAUCUCUAGAGGAUGUUACAACCGAAUACAUCCAUAAAGCAGAGCAUGAGAAAUUGAUGCACACGACAAAUAUGUCCAGGGCUAAAGCAGAAGAUGCACUGUCCGAAAUGAAGUCUCAGUAUUCAAAAGUGUUGAAUGAGUUGACCCAGCUUAAACAACUGGUAGAUGCACAGAAAGAGAACUCUGUCUCUAUCACAGAACAUUUGCAAGUGAUAACCACGCUGCGGACUACUGCAAAAGAGAUGGAAGAAAAAAUCAACAGUCUUAAAGAGCACCUUGCAAGCAAGGAACUGGAAGUGGCAAAGCUGGAGAAACAACUCCUCGAGGAGAAAGCUGCUAUGACUGAUGCUAUGGUACCCAGGUCUUCCUAUGAAAAGCUCCAAUCAUCCUUAGAGAGUGAAGUGAGUGUGUUGGCAUCAAAAUUAAAGGAUUCAGUAAAAGAGAAAGAGAAGGUUCAUUUAGAGGUUGCCCAGAUCAGAAGUGAGGUCUCACAAGUGAAAAGGGAAAAGGAAAAUAUUCAGACCCUGUUGAAAUCCAAAGAGCAAGAAGUGAAAGAACUUCUGCAAAAAUUCCAGCAAGCUCAGGAAGAGCUUACAGAAAUGAAAAGAUAUUCUGAAAGCUCUUCGAAACUGGAAGAGGAUAAAGAUAAAAAGAUAAAUGAGAUGUCAAAGGAAGUCAGCAAAUUGAAGGAGGCUCUGAACAGCCUCUCACAGCUCUCCUACUCAACAAGCUCAUCCAAAAGACAGAGUCAGCAGCUGGAAGUGCUACAGCAGCAGGUCAAGCAGCUCCAGAACCAGCUGGCUGAAUGCAAGAAACAACACCAGGAGGUCAUAUCAGUUUAUAGAAUGCAUCUUCUGUAUGCCGUGCAGGGCCAGAUGGAUGAAGAUGUCCAGAAAGUGCUGAAGCAAAUCCUCACCAUGUGUAAAACCCAGUCUCAAAAGAAGUAAAAGUGGAUUCCUUGGCAGGACACUUCCCUCUUACUGUCCAUCUUUGUGUUAGAUCCAGAGUUGUUGGCAACCACUGCCAUUGUUCUCAUUUGUGGUAUGCAUUGUGACCUAGCAUAGCUUCUUCCCUUUCCAAAGGUCUCUAAGGACUGGUCCCAGAAGAAGACUACCUUCCUCAGGACUGCUUAGAGACUUCAAACCAGCAGAGGUGAAAGUCCUUGUCAUCCCUUCAGAUUCUAGAGCUGGGAUCAGCCAUGCCCAGAAGUCUGGUCCUGAUGCUGACAAGUGGGCUCCCUCAUCACCACUGGGUGAUAUAUGAGGCCUCCAUGCAGUGAGUGGUGCUUCCAUUCCUCCAUUCGGACUGUGCCAGUCAGCACAGGAGAGCUCUUUUUGCCUUUGGCUUCUAAUUAAUUUCUAACCAAAUUAGUAUGGCACUAGCUAUGAAGUGCAUGCUUAAGACCCUUUAUCAUAAUAUCCUGUGGGUUUAAAAACUCUAAUUCCAUCUCUUCCCCCAUCUGCCUUAUAUACCCCAUCACUCUGAUUAUCAAUCUUUCAGUUAAUAGAUAACUAUUGAUAGUGCUUAUUAGUAGUUGAUGAGCACUAUUAACUAAAAUAUUAAGUUUAAAAACAAAAGUUCUCAGUUUUUUAAAAUUGUUGACAUUGCAAAUUUCUAUGCAAACUUGCCUCCUGCUGUUAUCUUGAAGCUCAGGAAAUCCAAGCAUUUGUAUUUCAACAAGGGACAGUAAACUUGUGUGUUUACAGCCAAAAUAAAUGCCUCAUAAUUCUUAACCUCAAUUUUUUAAAAAGUGUUUUUUUCUCUGUAAUAUUUUUAUUGGCUCUUAAAGAUGUUUUCAUAUCUAGACCCCUAAAUAAAUGAAAUUACAUUAGAUUAUAUUAACAAAAUAUUUUUUAGGUAACCAUCCUUGAGACUUUUAAAAAAUAUAACUUUUUCCUCAAAGUUUUCAGCUAUAGCAAAAGGUAGUUAUGUAUUCCAAACUUAAUAUGAGCUGCCACCAAUACCCCUAAGGAUUUUCUGCCACUGUGUCCUCAGAAUUAUAGCGCAUUUCUGAAUAUAGUAGAUCCUUGUCUUACCCGUUGAAUAUUUUUGAAUGUCCUAACUCUACCAGUGCCCAUAAAUUGUUUCUGGAAGGACUGUUAGUACCAAUAGGUUUUUCAACUUUGAAAUGAAAAAUCCUGAUAUUUUAAUAUAAUAUGGUACAUAGCAAAGAUCUUGGGUAAAAAUAUUUCUGUUCAGUUUACCUUCAGGUUAAAAAUGUUUCUAACUUGCUUGCAGCUUCCCUUAUGGCAUUAAUCUUGUUGAUGGAGAUAAAUAGAAUACAGAACUCGCCAAAGUAUUUAACAAAAGUGCAGGACCUGCUCUGACAGGGCCUGAGUACCACAGGGCUACCUGGGCUCAGGGGGUGCUUGGCUGUACUGGAUGAUAUGUUAAUCUGUAUUGGAUGGGGACCAACUCCAGCAAAGCAAGAAUGGCUUUAAAGCUUGGUGUUACUUUUCUUAAGUUGUUUAAUUAUAGUUAAGCAAUUUCAAAAAUGCUCCAAAGAAAUGUGAAAGGACUUUUUGUCACAGCACUUAAGAAAAUACAAAACAAUUCUCACCACACCCCUCGCCACACAGAAAUGCUGCAGAUGAUAAAACUUGAGACAUUUUGUAGAUGCCUGACAAAGUGUAGCCUUUAUCUUGUUUCAGGAUGCAUAUUUAUUACAAGUACUCUGGUUAAAUAUUGAAAAAUUAUAUGCUGUAGUUUAGCAUCUUGUCUCUGUAAUUUACAGAAGGCAUUGCAGAAAAUAAACUUGUUUCAUUUUGCA